ACCAGUUCUUAAACGGAUAUUAUAUAAAGAAAUAAGAGUUAAAAUACCAAAUAAAUAAAAGUGUAUCAGUGAAACAAUCAAACAAUUCACAGUUACAAAAAAUAAAACAAAUUUAAAAUAUAGAACCGUUUUGAUUGAUAAAAAGUACUGGCACAAUAAAAAAUAAAUUAAACCAUAUUGGCAGAACAAUAAUAUAAGACAAUACUGGCACAAAAAUAAACUAUAUUGGCCGAAUAAAAUAAACUGUUACAAAUUUCAAAAAUGGAAAACAUGUACGGCUUCGAUUCUUCAUGCAGUCCGCACAGCGCUCUCACCGCGUUGAGACUUCUACGGAGCUACAACCACUUCGUAGUGCCGCCUGAAGCUCGUGGGAUGGUACCACUCCUGACGGCUCUGCCACCACCGUGUCUACCAGCAUAUUGUCACCACCUACCACUGUCUUCACCACCUUUUGGGAACGAAUCCACGAAUAGCGUGAGCUCGUUGCCAGAAGACGGGAGACGUCGCGGUGAGAAAAGACCCAUACCCAGCGAGCUGAAAGACGAGAAGUACUUCGAGAGACGAAGACGGAAUAAUCAGGCGGCUAAGAAGAGCAGAGACGCCAGGAGAAUGAGAGAGGAUCAGAUUGCAUGGAGAGCUUGCGUGUUGGAGCAAGAGAACGCGUCACUCCGCGCCCACGUGGCAGCGCUCACGCAAGAAACACGGGCGCUGAGAGCACUGCUGGCCAGGGACGAGGCGCCCACAUCGACCACAGACUAGAUAUAACAUCAACUUAUAUAUAUAAAAUUAUUGG